CAAGCGCGCAUGGCCAAGGAUUUCAAGGAACUCAAGGCUAAGUUGUCGUCGCUCUCGGCCAAGGGCGCAGGUGGCGACUUCUCUUUUGCCCAGAUCCUCUGUUUCCUCAAACAGCACAACAUCGACUCGGAGACCAUCGCCAAGGUUGAGGAGGCCAAGGUCCGGGAGCUCGAGUCGAAGCCGCCGACGGCGCUUGCGGCUCGGCACCGUGUCGAGAACGCGAAGCGCCAGGUCGAGAAGCUCGAGGAGCGAGUCCAGCAGUACGAGGAGCAGUCAAUUUCCAGGGCGCCCAGGACCCCGUCGCCGUCGGACGUCGGCACAGCCGGGCUGGAUCCGGCGGUGAUGGCCUCUGGCGAGGGCAAAGCCGCGCUUGAGACCCUGCAGCGCCUCCAGCGCGAGGCGAAGGAGGCUGCCGACCGCGCCGCUGCUGCUACUAGUCAGCCUCCUGGUUGGGCCGAUGGCGGCGCUGGCGGCGGGGGUUCAGGAGGCCCUCGGGAACCCAAGCCGCCAGGCGCGCCCGUGCCCUCGGCUGCGGACUACGAGGACGAGAACUCCCAGGCGGGCCUUAAGCGCGCCAUGGAGAGCGAGAAUAGCCAGCAAGAGGUCGCCAAGUACCUGGCUGAGCACCAGGCGAAGAAGCAGCCCGCCGCGGGCUUCGAGCCCCACGAGGCGGUGAACGUGUUCGGAUGCCUGCGGCGGAGCGCUUCUGGGCGGCCAACGUCGUGGACGUCGAGUGGACAGACGUCGGCUUCGCCAUUCCUGUCCAACAAGCCGAUCGACGUUUUCGAGUCGGCCCGAGAGUGCCCAGCUGAGGCAACCACCGUUGCCGGAGAUGUGCAGUUUUUUGGGUUGGGAGCAAGCGCAGCUCCGAGAGGCAGCUCGAGUUCCAGUUCGGCGGCCGCGACGGCUGGCCUGGACGGGCAGGAGCACCUCUUCGAGCGCCAGAG